UACACCUUCGGGGAUUGGAGAAGGACCUCACUGUGGCGAAACUGAAACCACCCUACACCUCUUCUUCCAUUGCCCUAUGGCUAAUCAAAUCUGGAGUUUAGCCCCUUUCAGCUCCCGCCUAAAUACAGGCUCCAUCUCUUCUACAAGAGAAGGUAUAUCAAUGGUCAAUAAGCUGAUUUGCCUCCCACCUUCGGGGAUUGGAGAAGGACCUUUAUCGCCGUGGAUUCUCUGGUCAAUUUGGACAACAAGGAACCAAUUACUUUUUAGCAAGAAAGUUAUCCCUGCCACGGAAGCGAUGACCAUCGGAAUUGUCCGUGCAAGGGAAUGGCAAGCAUCACAAAGAUCGAUCCCCAUUAAAUCAAGCCCUCCACGAGUACCCACACAGACCUUAGUCGAUGAUCUCACUCUGAGAAUUUACUCUGACGCAGCUUGGAAGGAGGAUGGAAAGGCUGGCCUUGGCUGGAUCGUGAAGACCCAACAAGACCAUGUUGUUCUAGCUGGAUCUCUCGCUGUAUCUCAUGUCAGAUCUCCACUGGUAGCCGAAGCCCUUGCAACUCUUGCUGCGGUUAAAGUUGCAAUUGAAUCAGCUUUCACCAAUGUUUAUUUUGCUUCAGACUCGUUGAACCUUGUCAAAGCAAUCAAUUCGGAGCUCCCACACAAGGAACUCCACGGGAUUCUCCACGACAUCCUGUCUCUAUCGUCAAUUUUUGCGUUUUGCUCUUUUAAUUUCACCCCACGAAACCUUAAUCGUCAGGCAGAUGCCCUGGCCAAAGAGGUUCUUGGUGCUUGUAAUGAACCCUAAUGUCCCAAUUGAAUGAAAUUUCCCUUUGAUCAAAAAAAAAAAAAAAAAA